GGCGUUCCAAACGGAUCCUUGGCAAAAAGAAAAGGAGAUGAAUGCCAAACUGCCGUAGUAUUUGAAUUCCCAACUGAGGAGAGGAGUGUAUCAUACAGCAGCCGGAGAGAGAUUUCUAUUUGUUCAAUCCCAUCGCUCGUUGAGUUAAUUCACUGAACCCUAGCUAGGUUAAAUUUCUGGAAAAUGUCGUUUCCUCACCAAAUGAUUGAUCAAGUACUUUGUCGCCUACCCGUCAAGCCUCUCCUUCGUUUUCGAUGUGUGUCUAAAGGGUGGUGCUCUCUUAUUGAUAGCAAUGCGUUUGUUAAGAAACAUCUUGAAACUGCCCUUGAGUGUAAUACUGGUUGUGGCCUUAUUAUUAAUGAUGAUGCUGGAAAGAUUUACUUGGCGGAUUUUGAUUCUUUGGAUGACGGGUCUUCGGCUAUUGCUGAAAUAAGUGAUUCACUUAAGAGUAUUUUGUCUGGUGCUGAGUUUUUUGGUGCUGCAAAGGGUUUGGUUUGCGUGGCAAAGGAGGAGAUGAAUGAGAUUGUUCUAUUUAAUCCAGCAACCAGAAAAGCUAGAAAGUUACCUAGUGCCUUACCUGAGUUUCCGCGUUCUUUUCAUAGUGUCGAGACUUCCAUAUGUGGCUUUGGAUAUGAUCAUGUUAAUGAUGACUACAAGGUUGUCAAGAUUGCUGAGUGUCAGAUUCAGUUUCGGGGCUUUAUGGUCAUAGUCUACAGCCUCAAAUCCAACUCUUGGACACGGGUUAGGAAUGUUCCAAGUAAUGUUGUUUUUUAUUUAAAAUGGGGCGUGUUUGCUAGUGGAGCUGUGCAUUGGUUGGGAAGUAAGAAUCCGGGACAUGGCUUAGAGACCAUUGUUGGUUUCGAUCUUGGGCUCGAACGGUUCACGGAGAUCCCUUUUCCUCCUCUCAAUAAAAAAUAUAUCACGAUGAACUACAGGAGUUUGGGUCCUUUUGGGGAAUCCCUCUGUAUUCUUGAUAACUACCCCGACUUUAGUAGUGAUGUGUGGCUGAUGAAGGAAUAUGGGGUGGAAAAUCCUUGGUACAGAGCAUUUAGAUUUAAGCAACCCAGCCCCCUCGAAUUUUGGGGUCCCAGACCUCUUGCUCUUUCUAAGAGUCGCAAAAAUGUACUCCUAGAGGUGGACCACGCGAAACUUAUGUGGUAUGACCCGACAAGGAAGACAGUCAAGAAAGUGAGGAUUCGUGGGAUUCCAAAUAGCUUCUAUACUUAUCUAUACACUGAGAGUCUUUUACAGCUUACUGAGGAUAAGCCACAUCAGAAGCCAUCACAAGACAAGCAACCAAAGAAAGAACAAAAGAAAAGGGAUGUUUUUCUUUCCAGAGGAUUCAAUUUAAAGCUAUAAGAUAUGCGGAUGAUAAGGAGACGGAGGAGUAUGAUAAAAAGGAAUGCUUUGGAAAAGGAAGAGAAGCAGAGUACUGGAUCUUUUUAGAACGAAGCGAGUUGACCUGAGUGUUGGAUAUGUUGAUGUUCUUGGAAUUGUUUAUUGCCCUCUUUUUUUCUUGUUCUUUCUGGUUAAUUUAGUUGUUGCCAAGUGUUUCAGCAAAACACAUACACUUUUAAUUUGAGAAUCGGGAAGCAACAGAUGCUAUGAUACA